AGCGGCGUGAGAGUGGACCGGCCGGAGAGCCAUGCUGCCCUGCUUCUCCUCACUAUCCGCCCGCAGAAAACCUCCCCAUCGUCACUGAACCCUCGCUCUUUUGUGGACUAGUUUGGAUUUCUGGCGCGUUUUUGUGAUCGACUUCUCCUUCGCACGGAAACUGACGGUUUCACCAUGUUGCAGAGCUCCACACAGUCGCAUGACUGGCUCUACAGCGAGCCGCUGUUCUUGGAUGAUGAGUUCUGCCAGAGCCUGAUGAAGGACCUGCAGGCCCUCCCGACGCCCCCCCAGUCGCCCCCCAUGAAGGCUGGGCUGGGGAAGCCGCUCUCCAAAGAGGACCAGCUGAGCUACGUGUCCAACAUCCUGCUGGAGGACACCGACAUGAAGAUCAACUGGACCUGCGACUUCUUCCACUCUGAGGGGGAUGAGAAGGAGGGUCAGUGCGGGUCGCCCCAGACCCCCCUAGAGGAGGCCAGUGAGGACUCCCUGUGGCAGUGUCUGACCACGGACAAGAUCCUGGAGGAGAAGCUGGUGUCCUCCAUGCUGGGCUCUAGCCCGCUGCUGUCCGACAUCGACACCAGCAUCUUCGAGGAAAUCGCCGGUUCCACUCUGGACUGCCAGAACCUGAUGGACACUCAGGAGCUUAGCGAGGCCACGUCGGACUACAGCUCCACCGGCGGCGAGCUCUACUCAUCCAGCGACUCCGACGAGGAGAUCGACGUGGUGACGGUGAGCCGCUGCCCUGCCAGUCCAUCGCCUGACGCGUCAGCCCGCCGGAGGCAGCGUGAAGAGGAGCAGCAGCGAGCUCUCCAGCGCCACCACAAUGACAUCCACCUGCAGCACAACUAUGCCGCCCCAUGCCCGGCCUCGCCACCCCCCUCCAACAAGCGCUCGCGGGGGAGCGACGGCUCCUCUCGGUACCACCACCACCACUCGUCCCGCAGCUCCUCGUCCUCCUCCAGUCGGUACCAGCACCCAUCCCGGAAUUCCGUGGAGACUGAGGACGAGGAGGAGCGGCGGCGGACACACAAUGUCAUGGAGCGGCAGCGGCGCAACGAACUCAAGAACUGCUUCCUGCGUCUGCGCGACAACGUGCCUGAGCUGUCGCACAACGACAAGGCGUCCAAAGUGGUGAUCCUGAAGAAGGCGCGGGACUGCAUCUACGGUUUGGAGGACCAGGGCCACCGGCUGCAGGCCAAGAAGGACAGACUGCGCUCCAAGCAGGAAGCGCUGAAGGCGCGGCUGCAGCGGCUUCGCAGCUAGUGUGGUCCAGCGGGGGGCAAGUGUUCAUAGGUGGGGGGGGCAAUAAGGGAAGAGACUUUGUACAGACGAGCGCACAAUAAUGACAUUUCAGAGACGGAAGCAUUGCCAUGACGACACUCAGAACCUCAUGCCUUGACUGCUGACUGUUUAUGAUUGUUGAGCCGUGACACGGUGCCGCAGCUGAAUGAAACUUGAAUCUCUUCAGGAUGUCUUGUAGCCAUAGUAACCAGUGACCCUCUGCCUCACCUGGUGUGUCCCGGUCCACUGCUGCUCUUCACAAGGUUCUGCCUCCGCGACUGUUCAACGGUCCGCCAUAUUGACGUUCAGGUGUCGCUGCGGCAGGUCAAAGGUCAUGGCCUGAAACUUGCUUUGUUUUUUUUCCACCUGUUCAUGUUCUCGACGUUUGUACGUUGACAUGCAUAACCGUCUGUAACGCCGCAUUCUGACAAGAUGAAUGCGCCGGAAUGUUCUCGGAUUGUCGUCCAAGUCUGCAUGCUUCCUUUGACUGUGUUCGACGACGUCUUCAUCCACACUUCUGCUGCCUUCUCUACCGGUCAGGGCGGCGGCUUAGCGAGCUCUCGGGCGUUGAACCUACCUCCUCCUCCUAGGUUUCUUACAUUGUCGUUCAGAUGUUGUACAGUUUUUUUUUAAUGUAAAUAUAUUUUUCUUAUUGUAACAUAAAUUAUUUUAGUUUCUUUUAUCUGAAUUUGAAAUGGAAUAUUCUUUACCAGCACUUUUCUUAAAAAGAUAAUUAAAGGAUGAGUUUGA